GUCCAGCGUGUUGUCCGCUCGGCCGACCGACUCUCUCACGAACAUAUAAUUAAAAUAGCUUUAUAUUGGAGUAAUAGUGCCAGGACACCUUAGGCAGUUGUGUUAGCAGCUGUGCCGAGGCAGGUGAGGGAUGUGACUCCUUGUGGAGCUGUGAUGGAAAUGAUAUUGGAUAUGCAGUCCAUGACCUUGUAUGUCCAUGUGCUGAUGUCUGAACCAAUACUGCUUCCUGAUUUGCUGGGAGGAAACAACUUGGUCUAAUGGAAGGUGUGGAUGUGGUUAUGGUACAACAGCCGUCCAGGGAAGCUGACCGCCGCCAGUAAUAAUAUACAAGUGGCAGAAGAAAAUAGAGCUUGUGUUUGAAACUAAGGAUAUGCAGCUAUCUCUAUUUUGCUUUCAACUGUUUAAAUAUUUGUACCUUAUGAAAUUAUAUAUUCUUAUGUCUUAAACAAAUGCAGCCUUGAGUUUGACUGUACUGUAUAUUUAUUUCCAUCAACAGGAAGAGGAUUUUGACGUGUGUGAGAAAGGGAAGAACGACUCGAUGAUGAACCAAAUGAUGUCUUAUGAAAAGGAAAUGAUCAAUUAUGCUAUCCGCCUGUCACGGCAGGAGAUGGCACGCGAGGAGAGAGAUUCUGCUUGUUCUCAAUCUCGGGAAGAGGACGACGUUAGUUUGAAGAUGGCACGAGAUCUCCAAGAAAGAGAAAUAAAGAGGGCAGCAAAAUCUUGUAAACAUGAGAAACUCCUGAGGUCAUAUAUUUAUGAGAGUGAAUCUGCACCAGUUACUGAUGGCUAUAAUGCAAAUUGUUAUCAAGACUCCGGGAAUAUGGGAGAAGACUAUAAUUGUGUUAGAGAGUGGCCUGCUGCAGGAGCAGACAGACAUGGUGCAUGUAGUACUAAGGCUUGCAAAUGCAGCAUGCAUGAUGAUUGUAUCAAGGAAAGUUGUAGCUUGGAUAAUGAUGAAAUAGAUGAUGGUAUUGAUAAGAAUGAGUCCUGUUCACGUAUAGAUUUUGCAGGUUCACAAGAUCAGUAUAACUACAUGCCGGUAAAAGAUGAGGAGGGGAAUAUGAAGAAUGGCUUCAUAGAACAGCAUAGCCCACAGGAACUACACCAAACUCCAUUAUUUUCAGAAACAGGUGAAGAUGAACACAAAUACAAGGAAGUGCAGCAAUAUGAGGGCAAAAAGAAACUAAGCAAGCACCAGUGGAGAAAGUUGAGGGAAGAAGAAGACCUGAACAUGGCCUAUGCUCUCUCCCUGUCGUUGCAGGAGCACAAGCAGAAAAGUGACCCAUCACACAGUUGAGGUGUGUUAAGAGGCAGAAAUGAGGGGACGCUCACUCUGGAGCUCGUGUGACAUCUUUCCGGACUUCCUCACCCGACUCGCGACCACGAAUAUCCUCUUGAGUGCCACGUUUGCCCUUCAACGAGGUGGAGAGACACUCCCCGAAACAGCUGGAAAAUCACUGUAGAAACUACAAAUUUGUUAAAAAUAAUUAUUGGAAGAAGAAUAUCCUCACUGUACAGUAUUGUUUAUAAAAUAGAUACUGUAAUACACAAUUUCAUGCUUUACAAUAUCACAGUUUGAAUUUAUUCACUUUAAAUUGUUUUCCACACCACAUUAAUAAUCUUGUUACUGUUUACUCCACCAGUAGCUGCCCUGAGCUCAUGCACCAACUUUUUGGACAAACUUAUGCUUGUGCCUGUGAGACUCAACCGCAAGAACAAGGGCUUCUCUACAAAGGCUUUUCAUACAUUCACAGUCAAAAACAAACAAAUCAUAGAGUUCUAAGAUAUACACUACACACACACACAUCCACAUACAGUAUAUAGACACUGUUAUCUUGAGAUUAUUUCGGGGCUUUUUUUAGUGUCCCCGCAGCCCGGUCCUCAACCAGGCCUCCACCCCCAGGAAGCAGCC